ACAUAGCUCUGCUUUUUUAUGAUUUCCACGCGUUUUUCCCCCACCCACCGCCGCGAUCUCCGCAUUUCUGCUCGCCGCUAGCCGCGCCGCUAGAAGCAGCUGCACGGAGCGCGUGCAAAAGCCAAGAUGCGCUAGAAAAAGUAGAAACCACCAGAGGGGAGGGGGCCAGAGACACCCCCACCCCUUCCCAAACGAAACGGGAGGAGGGAAUUGCUGCAGCAGAGGUGGGCGAUUUUGGAGGGAGGGAGCCGAAAAGAAGGUGUCCGACUGGCCUCACGCUCAGCUUUGGACGGAUUACAGCAAGCCGAGAGGCCGAACGAAGAAGAGGGCUGGGCGUCGGGCAAAGGAUGCACCGUAGCAGCUCUGCAAAUGACAAGACCGGAGGGGAAGUGUGAAAGAUCCUGGCAACUCGCCAGCACUAUGAGGUCUGCACUGAGGGGCUAUCGAGGUUGCCGCAGCACCACAAAAGGGGACCUGCUUGCAACGAAGCUGUGAUUAUUAUUAUUAUUAUUUUUAAUCUCCCUCACAUUCUCCUUUGCCCCCUUCUUCUUCCCUGCGCCAGCUUCUCUGCACGGGAACAGGCAUCCUUUUUGCCUUCUGCUGUUUUGCCUCUUCGGAAGCCGCUGCAUCCCACGCCGGUGGCUGAGAUUUCUUCCUGGAAAGAGGCUAAGCACCCCACCCCCUUUGCCCAGCUUCUGGCCCUUGGACUCUUCCGCUGGCAAGGGGGCUGCUUGGAAGAUGCUCACCUUCAGGCCUUCAAGCAGCUGAUCGGCAGAGGAAGGGAUAAGGUCUGGAAGAGAUGCCCCGGCUGCUGCAGCAUUCCUCCGGAGCUGCCCUUUGUGCAUGGACAGAGCAGGGGAGGCAUUAGGGUUCCAGCUGGCGGCUGGCAUCCGCUGCCAUCCAGAGGGGGUGGCAACCACCCAACCAGCAGCAGCAGCAACAGCAGCAGCAGCAGCAGCAAGAGGAGAAAGGUCUGGCAGAUGCUGGCUAACGGUGUGGUGGGCACCGCCGUCCGUUCCCCCAGGCACUCAUGAGCAGAGGAGCAACCCUGCAGCGGAGGACGACCUACCUGAUCUCCCUGACCCUCGUGAAGCUCGAAUCCGUUCAGCAGCUCCAGCAAGGGGAACAGCAGCAGCAGCAACCUCAGCAGCAGCAGCCACCGCCAGAAGAUGAGCAGGCAAGGGCUGAUGAUGAUGGGGCUCCUCAGCCGGAGGGCAGAGCAAGCAGCCUCCCCUCCAGCCCUAUGGCUUUUCCAUCAGUUGCCGAAUCCUCCGGGUUAAGGAGCCACAAGGAAGCUGAGGAGGUGGCCAAGAUCAAGAGGCAAGAGCGCACCUUCCACCGGCAGGAUGCGCUCUGGAUCAGCACCAGCAGCGCCAGCACUCCUGACUACCUAUUGCAGUUGUCGCCAGGAUGCCCUGAGACGCCUGGCCCAUCCCCAUCCCCAGAUGGCCCUGGGCGAGCUGGAUCUCUCUGGACCCCACCCAGCAGCAGCAGCAGCAGCCAAGACAGUCCUUGGGAUCCAAAUCUGGGAUUAGCAACAACUGCCCCCAAGGCCAAAGCCACCAUCAGCUUGGAUGCACCAGCCAUGACGCCGAGGUCUGAGGCACUGGGAACUUCAGUGGCUCCAGUUGUGCCCCCCAAGCCAGACCCACUGGUGCUGCUGGUUGCACCAGCAGUGCCUCCCAAACCCGAGAUGACGCUGACCUCCAAAUCUCAGCCAGUGGCCCCCUAUGUUGCUCCCCCUCUGGCUCCUAAACCUGAGUCGAUGGUGCCGUUCCAACGUGAGGCAACUAUGCCAUGCAUAGCCCCGGUUCUGCCACCCAAACCUGAGCCAGCAAUUCCCUCUAUAGCCCCCAUCAUCCCCCCAAAACCUGAACCACCUGUGGGCAUUAUCUUUUCAUCUGCUCCUCCCAAACUGGUGAUGGUCGGCCCUUCGGUCUCCUCCACUCUCCUUUCUAAGCCUGAAGGCACUUUUAUUCCAUCAGCUCCAGCUGUAGCUCCAAAGCCCAAAGCCGUUUUGGUUCCAGUCAUGCCUAGUGUGCUGCCAAAACCAGAAGUGGCUCUGAUCCCCUCCAAGGCUGGGUUGACGGAAACCUUGGAGGUCCCUGGAGAUGAAUUGCCAAUCCCUGCUCCGACCACUGCCAGUUGCUCCUCCAGUGCUGCUGCCCCUGGACGCCGGAUGUUGGUCAGUCAUGCUAGCUGGGGUGGUCCUGAGCCUGGGACCAUGGAAAUGACCGUGAGCCGUGUGGGUGUUUCUUCCUUCUCUCACUCGGGAGCCUCCUCUCCUCACCCUGCUGCUGGAAAUCGCCGCCUCCGUUUGGCCACAAAUAAGCCUUUCAAAACAGUGACCACCACGGGGGCUAAGGUGGGUACAGAGCCAAAGGCCGGCAAAGGGAGCCACAAAGGGGGUACCCCAAAUCGCCUGUCAUGGCCGGAGAGUGAAGUCAAGGGCCGCAUGAAGAUGGCAGUCAAAGGGAGUGGGGAGACUGUUCCCCGAGGAGGGUCCAGGGCAAAACUGUCCCCUCACAAAAACAAAAGCAAGACUCUGGACAACAGUGACCUCAACCAUGGCCCAGUCAGCUUAGCCUCAUCUGGUUCUUGCUCCUCAGAAGCCGCCGUAGGGCUGAAGAGAGGCCGGGAGGGUGGAAGGGCCUCCACCCGUGACCGAAAAAUGCUCAAGUUCAUCAGUGGCAUCUUCACCAAGAGUCCAGCUUCCACUCCCACUCACCCUGGGCCCGGCUGGAGUCUAAGUCAUAAAGAGCUGCUUAGUGCUGAGCUGGCCAAGGGAGAAUUACCCAAGGCUGUGGCAAAUAGCCAAGAAUGGACUCUUAGCCGUUCUAUCCCUGAGCUACGCUUGGGUGUUCUUGGUACCAUCAAGAGUGGCAAAUCAGCCCUGGUUCACCGCUACUUGACUGGCUCCUACUUGGGCCUUGAACCUGCAGAAGGGGGCCAGUUCAAGAAAGAGGUGGUGGUGGAUGGGCAGAGCCAUCUGUUGUUGAUUCGAGAGGAAGCUGGGCCACCAGAUGCUAAGUUCGCCAAUUGGGCCGAUGCCGUCAUCUUUGUCUUCAGUCUGGAGAAUGAGGCCAGUUUCCAAGAGCUGACUCAGUUCUACGGGCUUCUCACCAACUACCGUGCCGUUUCCGACAUGGCUCUUGCCCUGGUGGGCACUCAGGACAAAAUCAGUGCCAGCAAUCCACGGGUGAUUGAAGACUCCCGAGCCCGGGCUCUGUGUACAGAAAUGCGCCGUUGCCUCUACUAUGAGACCUGUGCCACUUACGGGCUGAAUGUUGAUCGGGUCUUCAGUGAAGUUGCCCAGAAGAUUGUGAACAUGAAGAAACAGCAGCAACUCCUCGCCUCCUGCAAAUCUUUGCCCAGCACACCCAGCCAUUCAGCAGUUUCUACACCGGCAAGUAACGGGGGCCAUACAAGCGACUACUCUUCAUCCCUUCCUUCCACACCCAAUAUCAGUCACCGGGAGCUGCGCAGUGAGGCUUCAGCUAUAAUUGGCACACCCAGCUCCCUGCAGCGAGGGACCAAACGCCGGACCAGCCUGUUCACUAAUCGCAGAGGGAGUGACACAGAGAAGCGGAGCCUGGAUAGCCGAGGUGACAACACAGGCAGUGGGAGAGCUAUACCCAUCAAACAGAGCUUCUUGCUGAAACGAAGUGGCAAUUCUCUGAACAAGGAGUGGAAGAAAAAGUAUGUCACUCUGUCCAGUAACGGUCUUCUCUUCUACCAUCCCAGCAUUAAUGAUUAUAUCCAUGGAACCCACGGGAAAGAAAUGGAUCUCCUUCGUACCACCGUAAAAGUCCCUGGCAAACGCCCACCCAGAGCCAUCUCUGCCUGUGGUGCCUCCUCAAGUAUCAAUGGCCUGGUGAAAGACAUGAGCAGCGUCGGAGUUGGGGACAGCAGUACUAGCCCUAGUCCGGGACUGCUGAAUCCCCCAGUUGACCCAGCAGUCAAGCUCUUAGGCAAACCGGAGCGCUUGCAGCGCUCGGUAUCUUCUUCCAAAGCUGAAGUAUCCAUGGCUGCAGAAGGACUCUCCAGUCCUGGCAGCAGUGGCAAAGAUCCGCCUCCAUCUCCUAUGAUUGACAGGAAGAAACACAGGCGGAAGAAGCUCAGCACACCGUCCAAGACUGAGGGAUCAGCAGGGCAGGCGGAGGCCAAGCGUAAAAUGUGGAAAUUAAAAACCUUUGGUAGUUUAAGAAAUAUUUAUAAAACAGAGGAAGAGAAUUUUGAGUUCAUCAUCGUCUCCAGCACAGGACAGACCUGGCACUUUGAGGCCAACAGCUUCGAGGAGAGAGAUUCCUGGGUCCAAGCCAUCGAGAGCCAGAUCUUGGCCAGCUUGCAGUGCUGUGAAAGUAGCAAGAACAAGGCCCGGAUGGACAGCCAGAGUGAAGCAGUGGCAAUCCAGGCUAUCCGAAAUGCCAAAGGAAAUUCUUUGUGUGUGGAUUGUGGGGCAUUAAACCCAACCUGGGCCAGUCUGAACUUGGGGGCGCUGAUCUGCAUUGAAUGCUCUGGCAUCCACCGGAAUCUGGGCACCCAUCUGUCUCGUGUGCGCUCUCUUGACCUGGAUGACUGGCCCCUGGAGCUCACCUUGGUGCUCACCUCUAUCGGGAAUGAAACGGCCAACAGCGUCUGGGAGAAAUGCACACAGGGGCGCCGGAAACCCACCUGUGAGUCUUCACGGGAAGAGCGAGAAUCUUGGAUCCGAGCCAAAUAUGAGCAACGACUAUUCCUGGCACCUCUACCAAACUCUGAGCUCUCCCUUGGGUGCCAACUGUUCCAGGCUGUCUUAGACCGAGACCUGGGGGCUGUGCUGCUCUUGCUCGCCCACAGUUCCAAGGAACAGAUCAAUGCUCCUACCGGGGACAAGGACCGGCGCACAGCUCUGCAUGUGGCAUGUGACCUUUCGCACGUGGUUGUCACCCAGCUUUUGGUCUGGUACGGUGCUGACGUUAAGGCCCACGAUGCUGUGGGGCACACCGCGCUGUUCUACGCUCGCCGAGCAGGAAGCCAAGAAUGCAUUGACAUCUUAAUGCAACAUGGUUGCCCAAAUGAAGGCUACAGCACUAUUGCCACCCCAGGCCUGCGCCGGAAAAGCAGCAGUGCCAGCAUGGGAAGGACCGAGGCCCGAACUGCCCUGGUGUAGUAUGCCAGGGGGAGCCUCUUCCCCAUCCCAAUGGUGCCAACAUGGGUGCAGUGACUAAUGCCUCCUCUCCUUAAGGAGAUCCCACUCUAGAUCAAAGGAGCACGGAUCAUGACUUCUGUCAUGCACAGGAGAUGGUGGUUCCCAUCCAGAGCCCAGCUUCAGUGGCUCUGCUUGGCAUAAGCUGCCCUCACCAAGACCACCUCAUUGUCUCACAGGUCUCUCUACUGCCAGGCCUUGAGCUGCUCUGCUGAUGUCCUGAGCAACAGCUGUCUCUUCAAACAGGUCAUCAGGGAAGCCUACAGAGAACCGGGAGCAAUGCGUCCCAGUAUUUGGAGAGAAGAAUUAGGACCUGGGCUGAUGUUGUUGUCUUCCCAAUUAAGACUUUGGGAAAUGAGAGGGACAAGUGUUUACGUGGGGUCGGCUCCCCUUUUCUUUCUGGGUUUGUAAGGAGUAUUGAAGGCGGAAUGUAAAUCAGCAUUACUGGAGCGGUUGGUGACUGAACUGCACUACUUCCAUGGACCCCCAAAAUAUGACAAUACGGGGGUGGAGCGUUGAAGGGUCCAAGAGAGUUUGUCACAACAAUAGCACUGAGGGAAGGGAAUCUUUGUGUCACUUAGUUGGCUUAAGUGAACCCCCCUCCUCCUCCUCAUGUCAGGGUACCGGGCUUAGUGAAUGCACUUGAGCUGUGUCACACUAAAGGAGCUGUAGGCCAGCCUCCUUCCUUUCUAGGCAGGAGUGUAUACAAAAACAGGAGUGAAGAUGCUUGCUCAAAUACAGUGUGGAUGGGCAUGUGGAAAACAUAUUUCAUGGAGAAUCCUGUUUCCGUUAUUCGGUUUCCCUUGCCCUUUCAACCAAUUGGGUUUUCUCUUCUAGAACGCAGACCUUUCCCGCCUCUCAAAGAAUUGAGCAAGAGUGUGAGAGAAAAGUUAGGAGUGGCUUAAUAUAUAAAAAACACACACACAACCACAACAGCAUCCUAACUUACCCGGGCAGUAAAACCACCUACUGACUCUUUGGGGGCAUUUUUCUUUAUCCAAGAGAGAGAACGUAUCUUUAUUUAGCAGACACAGCUCCUAAUGCCUGUUUUGUGAAGCAUUUUAAUUUGAAAUGUCGUGAGGCAAUUGCGAUGGCCGCCCAUACCCGACCUGUCCAGGUCAGAGGAGUGGGACCAAAUGAAUUAGGCCAAGACACCAAUUAGCAGCAGUCUCCACCUAUUGCCUUGCCAGACCCCUUUAGUCUUAGACUCAGGAUCACCCUGCUAUCACUCGUAAACACCAAGCACACUCCUUCUUCAAGCCGCACUGAAACACAUUCUUUCUGCUAAUUUUCCUCAGGUCUGGUGCCUGAUUGUUGCACUGAAAUAGCUGUUAUGUCUUACGCUCCUUGGAAGGCCCCAGGGUGCCUCCUUCUCCUAGAAAUCUUUUUCACUCUUACAGAACGUUGAGGGGAGGCUGCAAAUGGUUGAGGCAGCUGGUUGCGGGCCAAGAGGGGGUGGGGGCUCAACCAUGGUGAGGACAACGCUGGGCAUCUCUGAGGAAUUCAACAAGGCCACUUUUUAUGGAUGCUGAACCUCCUCCUGAAGCUAUAUGUACUGAGCAGCCAGAGAAGGAGUUCUUCCAAAGCAUCACAGAGCCUGGCUGUUAAAAGCAGAGUCCUUUUUUUAAAAGAAAGAAAGAAAUGAAGGAACAUUUGUAAAAAGCUCCUUUCUUCACUCGUCCCAGUAUUAUCUCCCCUUUCUGACUUUUGUCCUAGUUUAUUGCUUCAUUUCGAGAAGGAUAAAAUCCUUCCCACUCUUUCUUCUGUUUCUAGUUUGGCAGCUCUCCUGGUGCAAGUGUUUACAGGCCUCGUCUCCACUUUUGUGGCAGGGGCAUCAGUGUGGUUGUGAUGAGUGAUGUGGUCUCAGGCUUUAUUUCCAAUCCGUGAUCAGGGUAAUGCAAUUAAUCCUCCCUCCCCAGUGUGGACAGACCUGGGCUGGAGCAGCCGCUACAAUAGCUGGCUCCAUCCCAUUGACCUCUGGUCAAAUCCAGCCUGAUCUCAUUCCUCUGGCCACUGGUUUGUACCAUUAGAACUGGACAUGCGGGCAAGGGCACAAGCCCAGCCAGGCCACAUCACCUCUUAGACACCUCGGGCUUUCUUGCCCUUCUGAAUCUGAACAAGUUCUUGAAUGUACUGGCAAUUGUGUUGCACGAGAUCCAUGUCCCUUAGCUGCGAGAUGGAAUCCAACAGGCCUGGUCCCAAGAGGACAGUUAUACAACCCACAUUGUUGCCACUUCCACGACAUGGAUGAGCAUGGCAGGCUGUUGGGAAGGGAACCGACUGUGCAUCAUGGCUUCCAAGCACUUUUGAAUCCAGCCUUGAGGGUUAGAAGAAAGAAGGGGGCAUUGACCUGUCAACACUGAAUGUAAUUUAUGCUUUGGGGGCUGGCAGUUCAGCACAAGUUCCUGGGAGAGCCUCUUGUGCAAGCCCCAGGUUUGGGGUUCUAAAAGUAAGGUGGGCGGAAGUGGGGGGAGGGAUGUGGAAGUGCCAGAGCUAAUAUUGGCCCUGUGCAGCUGUUGUAAUCUCUUGGAUUGUACCUUGUAAGUAUGUGACAAUGUAAGAAGAUGUAAUAACAGUGACUUAUUAUUCCUUCUUGUGAUAGCUCUCCAGAGUUGGAUUGCAAGUGGGUGGGAAUAUUUCCGUGGUUUUUUUUUUUUUCCUCUUUACAGCAGCAGCAAAUAAGGAAGAGCAUUUGGUAGAAAGUAAAUAUUGGGCCCUUUGGAAAUUACUAUGCUGGGAAGGAGAAGAGGAGAAGGAAACUGAUAGCGACAGAGUUUGUAACAAUUGGUCAAAUGCAAGCUAGGGACAUGAUAUUCAGGGGAUCUCAGAAGUCCUUCUAUGUUCCCAGGAGUCCACGAGAAAAUGACAAUACUCUUAAUUCUCUCCACUUGAUCAUCUCCUGCCUCCCUUUAAUUCCAACUGCAUCAGAUCUAGCGUUUAAGGUGACAGAAGUAGAAAAACUCGGCAAAUAGUUGAGCAGGAAGAUUCCUAAGAGCAUUUGCUUAACUUAUAUUGCUUUACCCCUUAUUACUUAGCUCCUGUUGGGUGUCUUGCUGUAGCAUUAUACAGAGGCAACUAAGCACAUCUACGUCCAUGAGAACUUCAUCCACCUCAUAUUCAAAUCCGUGCGCUGCAUGAUAAAUACUUCUCCUUCUAGCCAUUCUCACCUGUUCUUGCUAUCGCAAUGCCUUCACUUGUGAACUGCUGCAUGAAUGGUCCAUUGCAGAAAAACCUCAAUUUAACAGACGAGGGGGAAGGAUUGUCCGUUAACUCCAGAAUGAUGCCAUUUCCAUCAAUUUACACCAUUUGUGUGACACUUGUGUGACAGUUGUCCAGACUGCUUCGGAAAUGGGCUUUUGUCUUGUUAUUUGUGGGUGACACAAAAAGAAAAACGUUAUCCAUCGCCUCACAAGUCUGCUGAGUUGAGGUUUUACUGUAUCUUCAUUUAAAGUAUGAUAAUUGAUGAUCUGUAAACUGAGUUGGUAGAUAGGAAAUGUGGUUAAACAAGUAGAUUAAGACUUAUUGGGGGGGGGAUAUGCCACCGAGCAAUAAUCCAUUACAGUUACAAGUGGUUGUUGGCUUCCUCACCCUAACAGACUUCACAUUCAGUGGUUUUAUUUGCAGCUGCUGCUUAGUGUCAGUCCUGAAAUGGUUCCUUCUGUGUCUCCAUUAGCCCCUUAAAAUAAAAAAGAAAAAUCCAUUUUGAUAAAGGAAAACCAGAAGACUCCUCAAAGGAGGAGGUUUAAGGGUUUAUUCUUCAUUUUAGGAAUCCAGUCUGCCAAACUGAAAAAUACAGAUUCUAAAUGAACAUAAAUUCCCCCGUCAUUGAAAGAGUAAAAAAUAAAAUUUAAAAUUUACUUCAAGUUUAAA